GGCGGCGGCGUGAGCGUCUUUGCGGCUGUAGCUGCUGAUUCUUUUUUUUAAUGUGGAAACCCAGCAAUCGGGACUCUGUGGGGGUCUGGCGAGCUGGCUACGGUCGUGUCCUCGAGUAACUGGGCCAAGCUGUUCCCAACCUUUCCCCCUGGGGCUGGAAAUGCUUUACCUCGUCGGCUUGGGCCUGGGAGAUGCCAAAGACAUCACCGUCAAGGGUCUGGAAGUUGUGAGACGCUGCAGUCGGGCCUACCUAGAGGCCUACACCUCAGUCCUGACUGUAGGGAAGGAAGCCCUGGAAGAGUUUUAUGGAAGAAAAUUAAUUCUUGCUGAUAGAGAAGAAGUGGAACAAGAAGCAGAUAAUAUUUUAAAGGAUGCUGAUAUCAGUGAUAUUGCGUUCCUUGUAGUUGGAGAUCCGUUUGGAGCUACAACACACAGUGAUCUUAUUCUGAGAGCAACGAAGUUGGGAAUCCCUUAUCGAGUGAUUCACAAUGCUUCCAUCAUGAAUGCUGUAGGUUGCUGUGGUUUACAGCUGUAUAAGUUUGGAGAGACCGUGUCUAUUGUGUUUUGGACAGACACUUGGAGACCAGAAAGCUUCUUUGACAAAGUGAAGAAAAACAGACAGAAUGGCAUGCACACAUUAUGCUUAUUAGACAUCAAAGUAAAGGAGCAGUCUCUGGAAAAUCUAAUCAAGGGAAGGAAGAUCUAUGAACCUCCUCGGUAUAUGAGUGUAAACCAGGCGGCUCAGCAGCUUCUGGAAAUUGUUCAAAAUCAGAGAAUACGAGGAGAAGAACCAGCAAUCACCGAGGACACACUCUGUGUUGGCUUAGCCAGGGUUGGAGCUGAGAACCAGAAAAUUGCAGCCGGCACUUUACAGCAGAUGUGCACCGUGGACUUGGGGGAGCCCCUGCACUCCCUGAUUAUCACAGGAGGCAGCAUGCAUCCACUGGAGAUGGAGAUGCUAAGUCUGUUCACCAUACAAGAAAACAGCUCAGAAUCCUGAGUAUUGACGGACAUUUCUCUUGUGUCUUGUUUGAUAUGGAUGUUAUAUAUUUGUCUCUAUAACAAAUUAAGCAGAUUUUUGGUUUAUCUAAUAUGCACAAGUGACAAAAAAUAAUAAAUUGCCAGGUACUGGUGGCUCACGCCUGUCAUCCUAGCUAUCCAGGAGGCUGAGAUCUGAGGAUCACAAUUCAAAGCCAGCCCGGAUAGUUCAUGUCCAAAUUAACUACCUAAUAUAGAAGCUGGAAGUGGAGCUGUGGCUCUAGUGGUAGAGUGUUAGCCUUGAGCAGGUAAACCCAGAGGCAACACCCAGGCCCUAAGUUCCAGCCCAAAAGUCAGCACACAUAUGCACAUGCACACACACACAAGAAUAAUAACUUGACUCAGAAAUGUUUGGUUUCCGACAGCAGGGAUCAUCACUUGUAGUUUUCAGGAUCCGUGCACGUUGAGCAGACCAAGCUGGGAAGAUUGUGGUUAGACAUCCAUAGGCAGAAUCAUGUAAAAAAAAACAGUUUUUACUUAUGAAGCCAGUUAGCAUAAAGUGGCCCUUUGAGCCUAGUUUGCAGUGGUUAAAAAAAAAAAAAAGUGGGGGUGGGAGGUGUAGCAAAUAAAAGACCAAUAACUGUUCACAUACAGUUUUUAUAAUUUUCUUCCAUUAUAAAAGUCUAUAUCCUGACUGUAAGUCAAGUUAUCCUAACAACAGCUGGCACCAAGACUUCUAAAAAGAAGUGGAAAGCGUCCAUCUUCACCCAGCAGCCCUACUUAGCACAAAGCUCAGUUGAGCCACUGCCACAAAAUCAGGCCCUCUGGGCUGAUGUCCCAAUUAUGUGACUUGUAUUCAUUCUGCUGAAGUCUAGAGGCAUUUUGUUUUAUUCUCUAAUCUUUUCUUUUUUCUUUCCAUUUUUUCUCAGUUACACAAUUUGGACACUUAAGAUGUUGUACAAAGGGGUUUCAGUUCAACAUGUCAGUCAGUUUAUGAAUACAAUGCAUCUUGAUCAGUGUCACCCGAUUCCAUUAUUCUCUCCCAACCACACCCAUCCCAGUUUAAAAUAAGAUUCAUUUAUUAUAUAUCAUAACCAUAAAGUUCUGUACUUUGUUCAGAAUAGAAAGAUCUUUGUUAUAGGUUAGUUCAGUUCUGUGUAUUUUCAUGGCCUAAUCAAUUUGACCUCUUGAAAUCAUUAGGAAUUAAAUAUUUCCCUCUUUUUAGUAUUAUCAAUAGAAAUUAUGUUAGAUAUCUCAUUUGGAAUUAAAGGUUUUUAUAUGUUCAAACAUCUCAUGCAUCCAUUGGGCCCUAAAAGGAAGAGAGCCUCAUAUGUUAAAGUCAUUUCUGUGUUACUUUCUUUUAAAGUGUUUAUAAACAUUUAAGAAUUUUUAAAUGCUACUCAGGCAGAGAUUGGAACUUUGACGCCAGCCCAGGCAAAAAGUUACCAAUACUCUCAUCUGAAAACAACGAAAGCAUCAAUGGGCUAGAUCAGUACUCAAGUGGGAGAGUGCCUGCUUAGUAAUCUGAAGAGUUCAGACUUCAUUACUGCACACCCAAAAAGCCUAAGCUGAAGGGCUUCUAUUUGGGGCAAUAGUGGAAUAGCCUGUAAUGUUCCAGCUUUCUGUUAGAAACUCUGGAAGCAACUGUCUAAGGACCUUUAGGGGUCAGAUGCAGACAGAACUGUGCUAAUACCUGGCUUUUGCCCUUGUGGCACUCCCAGAACUUGCUGAUAUGGGGAUGGUCAGAACUACAGAAAGUUGCCAUCUUCUGGCUUGAGGGAGUAGAAGACAGGGUACUGUUAGGGAGCCCUUAGAAACAAGGGUGCCAAAGGAGGAGUCUUGUCAUCUGUCUGUGUAUCUGAAGUCCUGGGCUGACUCCUGAACUACACACAUGUCAGAGGGAUCCCAAAGAACCUGGUGGAAGCCCCCACUAGAGAAGGCUGCAGAAGCUAACACAUUGUAUUUCCAGAGAAGACAGUUUCUAGUUCGAAUUCUGACAAGUGACAAGGGCUUGAUAUGCACUUGGGUUUUGUUUUUUUUUCCCUCAAAAUCCAAGGAUGAUCUAUUAGUAAAAAGUAGGCCUGUGCCUAGAUAUUUCUAUCAAAAUUAAGGGGAAAUCCUUUAAUCACAAUGUAAAAUCAUCCCUCCAUCACGGUGAUUAGCCAAUAAUUUAACUGCCAGCUAGAACAAAGCUUAAUGUGCUUCAGAGUAUAUAAAAAAUGCUGAGACAGUAAAAUGUUGUAAAGCCUGGUUUUAUUUAAACAUAACUUAGACAUGGCACAGGUGGUAGUGUCAGCCAUUGAGUGAAAGUGUCAGAUUAUGAGUUCAAAUCCCAGUCUUGGAAAAAAAAAAAAGGAAGAAAAUUUAGUACAGCAGGAUUUUUAAAACAACCGUUAGAACUAUGUUCAGGCAUGAAAAUGAUUAUAAGGUAUAAAUAUCAAUGACAAAUGGAAAUUCAAAAUGUAAACGACAUAGACAACUCCAAAUUGUCAGGCAUAGCAGCACAGAGCAGAUGUUCACCCUGAGAGAAUUCUGGGCAGAGUCUUAGUGUAUGGCAUUCACAAGCAGUUUUGUAGAUGUAACUGAAUUCCCAUAAAGAAAAGAAAGUAGAGCAGAGAAAAUGUGAAAAAAUAAAAGCCAAAAUUGUCCCAAAUUUAAUAAAACAAUUAAUGCAGAUCCACUAAGCUCAGUGAAUUCCAAACAAUAAGUACAAAGAAAACCAUGCCUACCAUAUCAGUUAAAACCGACAAAAACCAGAGGUAACGCAAAAAUCACAACUGAUGGAAACUCUUUGUAUUUAAAAUGAAAAUUUAAGUAUCUUUAUUUAUUUUUUGCUAAGCCUGACAAGUCUAUUCUCGAUGUAAUUUAACUUUGACAUAAUGAAAUUAUAAAAAGACAAUUCUACUAUUCACUAGUAGGAAAAGGAUGACCAGUAUUGUUGUUUGCUAUCCUGAAAUUGCAAUGUUGGGGGCAGGGCUUUUGAACUUGAUGUCUUGUGCAUACUGGCAAGGGCUUUCCCAGUAACUUAUACCAUCAGCUGUGUUUGUUAAAUGUGUUUAAAUGUUACAUUAUUCUACAGUGAAACCUCUCUGUUAUCUACAUACAUAUCAAUUGCAUGACCCCAAAGAACUCCAUUCCAUGGUUCCCUUUCUAUUUGUUUCUUCCGACUCAUAAUCCCUGGCGACCUCUGAUGUAUCCUUUCUCUAUUGUUUUUCAUUUUGUUGGAUGUCACAAUGAGUCUGACUUCUAUAAACAUGCUUUUGAGAUUCAUACAA